GGACAGCGGGCCUUCCCCGGCGGGUGCACCAGGUUGGGAUCACUCAAGGCUGGGGACCCGCGCGGCCGUAGGCAGGACACUCCGGCCAGAGGAGAAGGAGUUAACAUGCCGGCGGUGACCGCGGGCCUCGGAUGUGAGCACCUCGGCGCGGCGUCCUUGGGCUGCGCUGCAGGUGCGCCCGGGCGGGCGGAGCGAGCGGGGCGGCGGGGACCUCGCUGGCCGGCGAGUCUCCCUUUCCCCUACAGGGGUCGCUCGGCUCCCUCUGCAGGCGCCUUGUUUUCUAACUGGAGGGCAACAGGUGGUGCUUUUGGUCUGAGGGAGAGCCCGACUUCGCCGCGCUUGGAGCGGCAGUUACUCUCACCAAUUAGGGCGCGGGGCCUGGCGUGGCGUGGACGCGCUGACUCAGGUGACCAAUGGGAUUCGGGCUCGGGGGUGGGCCGUGGGGGGGUGGGCGUGGUUCGAGUCUGGAACCAGGGUUUCUAGUGCUGCAACCGCCAGAGCUUCCUGGAGAGCUUAGCUGAGCGGGCGUGGGGUGCUCGUCCGCCCCAGUGCCGAGAAGCCUACCAAUGCUUUCUCAUUUGGACCCACGCUCCAACUCAGGAGCAGUCUGGUAGCUGGAUCUCCUGGGAAGAGAAGUUCUUAAAAGAGUAAGAAGAAAGCAUUUUUCAAUUUGGAACACUUCUCUGCAACUGGAAAUGGGGAAUGGACUGUCAGACCAGACUUCUAUCCUGUCCAGCCUGCCUUCAUUUCAGUCCUUUCACAUUGUCAUCCUGGGCUUGGACUGUGCUGGAAAGACAACCGUGUUAUACAGGCUGCAGUUCAAUGAAUUUGUAAAUACCGUGCCUACCAAAGGAUUUAACACGGAAAAAAUUAAGGUAACCUUGGGAAAUUCUAAAACAGUCACUUUCCACUUCUGGGAUGUAGGUGGUCAGGAGAAGUUAAGGCCACUGUGGAAGUCAUACACCAGAUGCACAGAUGGCAUUGUGUUUGUCGUGGACUCUGUUGAUGUUGAAAGGAUGGAAGAAGCGAAAACUGAACUGCAUAAAAUAACAAGGAUAUCAGAAAAUCAAGGGGUCCCUGUGCUUAUAGUUGCUAACAAACAAGACCUGAGGAACUCACUGUCUCUCUCAGAAAUUGAGAAAUUGUUAGCAAUGGGUGAACUGAGCUCAUCAACGCCCUGGCAUUUGCAGCCCACCUGUGCGAUCAUAGGCGAUGGACUGAAGGAAGGACUCGAGAAACUACAUGAUAUGAUAAUUAAAAGAAGAAAAAUGUUGCGGCAACAGAAAAAGAAAAGAUGAAUGGUGAUACCGUUUAUAUCUGUGUGGAGUAGGUUUUCUCUGGUCUGAUUUUGUCAAAUGGAAGAGUGUCUUCAGCCUGGUUUGCCUGCCUGCCUUCCUGGAUGCUGUUAAAGCUUUGUUUUGUUGAACAAUCAGAUGUCCAACUCUGUUGCCUUUUGGAAGAUGAGUAAUAUGAGUAAAUGCAGUGCUUCUUCAAAUGGUCUCUCUCCCUACCCCACGAAUCUUCUGGUACUGCCCUUUGGGGAAGAAAAGCAAGGAUAGAAAAUUGACCAGAAAACAGUUGGGGAAAGUUGACCUGAAGUUAGUGAAAUAAAACUUUGAAGAUUGUC